AUGAUAGCAAGGCAAGUAGCACAUGAGAGAUUUCAAUGUCGCACCUAUGGCUUGCUUGGUACAUCCGAGUUUGAUCUUGACGUGGAACCUGAUUCUGCACGUCAACAUCAUGAGGAGUUCAACUUUAGUGAGGUUUUUGUGCACCAAAUGAUACACUCGAUCGAGUUUGUUCUGGGUGCUGUCUCGAACAUGGCAUCGUAUCUUCGACUUUGGGCUUUGAGCUUGGCGCACUCUGAAUUAUCAACUGUUUUCUACGAGAAAGUCCUACUACUUGCAUGGGGGUACGACAGCUUCAUCAUUCGAUUAAUUGGGCUCGCGGUGUUUGCUUUCGCAACUGCUUUCAUACUUCUCAUGAUGGAGACCCUCAGUGCUUUCCUUCACGCCCUGCGUCUUCACUGGGUGGAAUUUCAAAACAAAUUCUACCACGGUGAUGGGUACAAGUUCAAACCUUUCUCAUUUGCUUUGUUAACAGACGACAACGAUUACUUAAACUAAACCAUAACCCUUGCAUAUUGAUUUUUCGGAUAUUAAGUAUGCCAGUGAAGAAGAGAUGAAUAGAAGCCACACGAAAAUGGGUAUAUCGGUCGACUGGCUAGGGUUUGCUCUUCUCAUCCCAGCUUUUUUGUGCUUUACACAAAUUAUACAAUAGGAAAUCGAAUAAAAGAUUUUGCAAAUAUUCAGUCUGAGCACAUUAAGAGUAGAAGAAAUUGGUUGGUGGGAGGAGGGAGUUAUUCUUAUGUAUCCGGAUUUGAAGCGAGUGUCGGAUACGAGUAUACCGCUUGUUUUUAAAUUCGGA